AUGUCUGGAGCAGUGGUUCUUAGAGUGUGGUCUCUGGAUCAGCAGCAUCAACACCCUUCCAACUGGCUGGAGAUGCCAAUUCUACACUAUCCCCUAGACCUAGAAUCAGACACUCUAAGAGCAGCACUCAGCGGGUUGCAGAGCGUGGCUGUAUUUGGAGCACAAGAUGAUGAACCUGACUUCAAGUGGAGGAGGAAGAGAUCCAAACUUGCUAAUGUAAAAGAGGAUAAAAAGCCUGAGGAUAAAGGGAAGAGGCAAAAGAAGAGAGAAACGGGCAAUGACAGGAACGGAAGAGGCGGGCGGGUGGAGGCGGCGCCUCUGAGGAUCCAGAGCGACUGGGCCCAAGCCCUCAGGAAAGAUGAAGGAGAGGCCUGGCUGAGUUGUCACCCCCCAGGGAAACCAUCUUUGUAUGGCAGCCUAACUUGUCAAGGAAUUGGACUAGAUGGCAUCCCAGAGGUUACAGCUUCGGAAGGAUUUGUUGUGAAUGAAAUAAAUAAGAAAAGCAUUCAUGUUUCGUGUCCAAAGGAAAACGCAUCUUCUAAGUUUUUGGCACCAUAUACUAUUUUUUCCAGGAUUCAUACAAAGAGUAUAACAUGCCUGGACAUUUCCAGUGGAGGAGGACUUGGUGUGUCUUCUAAUUCUGAUGGGAGCAUGAAAAUCUGGCAGGCUUCCAAUGGAGAACUCAGAAGAGUGUUGGAAGGACAUGUAUUUGAUGUGAAUUGUUGUAGGUUUUUCCCAUCAGGCCUUGUGGUUCUGAGUGGGGGAAUGGAUGCUCAGCUGAAGAUUUGGUCAGCGGAAGAUGCUACCUGUGUGGCGACCUUCAAAGGGCACAAAGGAGGUAUCCUGGAUAUGGCCAUCGUGGACCGCGGGCGGAAUGUGGUGUCUGGCUCUCGAGAUGGAACAGCACGGCUUUGGGACUGCGGGCGCUCCGCCUGCUUGGGAGUCCUUGCAGACUGUGGUUCUUCCAUUAAUGGAGUGGCAGUGGGUGCUGCCGACAACUCUAUAAACCUUGGCUCCCCGGAGCAGAUGCCCAGAAUAACCCAAACAUCCUUCAAUGGGCAAAUGGAUCCAUAA